AUGGCUGCAGGCGGUGACUUUCAGACGACAUCGCAAAGAUUUUUGUCGUGGUUCAAGUCUUUGCCGGGCGCCAUUUUCCAUGAUGACAUUCAGAUCGUUGACCUGAGAGGCCAAAACGCCGGGCGAGGAAUCGUGGCCACAAAGGACAUCGCACCUGAGACGGUUCUCUUCACCAUCCCGAGAAAAAGCAUCAUCAAUGUCGAGACGUCUGAGCUUCCCAAGAAGAUUCCUCAAGUCUUUACCGGCAACGAUGGAGACGACGAGGAUAUGGAGAAUGAGCCCCUCGACUCGUGGGGUUCUCUUAUCCUCGUCAUGAUCUAUGAGUACCUCCAGGGCGAUGCUUCACCCUGGAAGCCUUAUUUUGAGGUCCUUCCCGAGAGGUUUGACACACUCAUGUUCUGGGAGACUUCUGAGCUCGAAUAUCUCAAAGGAAGCGCUAGUUUGUCAAAGAUUGGAAAGGAGGAAGCCGAUGAUAUGUUCCGUUCGCGCAUCCUGUCGGUAAUCGCAGCCAACCCAGCCGUCUUCUACCCUGCAGGUGCCUCUGAAAUGGCCGAAGCAGAGCUUCUGCAAUUGGCUCACCGCAUGGGCAGCAUCAUCAUGGCUUAUGCCUUUGACUUGGAGAACGAAGAGGAGCCGGAAGAAGAGGAAGAGGAAUGGGUUGAGGACCGCGAGGGCAAGUCUAUGCUGGGUAUGGUACCCAUGGCUGAUAUUUUGAACGCUGAUGCAGAGUUCAACGCUCAUGUCAAUCACGGUGAUAAUGACCUCAGCGUCACCGCUCUGCGAACAAUUCGUGCAGGAGAGGAGAUUCUGAACUAUUACGGGCCUCACCCGAAUUCUGAGUUGCUUAGAAGAUACGGCUAUGUCACUCCCAAGCAUUCUCGUUACGAUGUGGUUGAGAUUCCGUGGGACCUGGUCCAGUCUGUGCUCAAUGAACAGUUGAAGCUCACUGACGAGGUCUGGAAGCAAGUGGGAGAAUACAUAGAUUCUGAAGACCUCGAGGAUGUAUUUGUCCUCGAGCGUGAGUCAGGAGAGCCAGACUCGGAGGGGCGACUCACAACCCCCGCCAAGGUCCAAGAGGUUUCUGCUGAGCUUGAGGAGCAGCUGAAGGGUAUCCUGAAGCUUCUCAAGAAGAUGAAUGCUGAUCUUAUUCCCGACAAGCGGAAACGCGAUGAGAUUUACCAGCACGUUGUUGUGUCCACCCUGCAAAAGCUUCUGGCGCAGUACCCGACGACAGCCGAGCAAGAUGAGGCUUUGCUGGCAUCGGGCAGCUUGACAACUCGACAGAGAAUGGCUGUUGAGGUAAGACUCGGCGAGAAGCGCCUUCUGAAGGAGGCCCUUCAAGUGGUGGGUACCUGCGGUUCUGUGGAGGAAGCUGCUGGCGAGGAAGAGGCGGACAGAGCUUCCAAGAGGCGGAGUGGAAGCCGUAAGCACGGGAGGCGAAGUGACAAGAAGGACAAAGAUCACAAGCCAAGACAAUCCAGUGGGAGACAGGAGGCCGUCCCUGACAUCUACUUCAGUUUUCUCUUUGUAGUGAACGAACUCAAUAUUCUUGAUGGAUACAACUUUGGCGAUUCCUGCGGCAACACUCGCCCACCUGACUCCGCCGAUGGCUAUGGUGAGGAGAGAGCGGGCAUUGUUUGGCGGUAUACGGACGGGGUCAUCGCUCCCGCUGGGAAUGAAUUCUUCUGGAACCGUGAGGCAAUGGGACGUCCUGGGGCAAUUUGUUCUCAGCUACUUGGAGCGGAAGAGCCGACUGCCCUGCAGGAAUACAAGACUUAUAGCGUCUUCAACUGUUGGCGGUUCCUUCCUUGCUUGGUUACCAACGUUGAUAUAUCAGCUGUGGACGAGCCCUAUCCAGGUGGGUUUCACAGCAUCGCUUUUGAAAAGCCAGACCAAACAGCCCCAGGUGUUACUCGGAUCGUCUCUCCCGGCGGCCCCCAAAGACAUGUAUCUGGAACCCAGCCGUCUUGGAUACCCCAUCUCCUGCCACACACAUUCGCCACGCCGGAUUCUUCAGCUCCCCGAUCCAUAGGUUUGGGCGGUGAUUUGCCUAUCAUCCUCGCCCUCUUGGCUCUGAUGAAAAGGCCAGGAGACACAGAGCGAGUUUUCUGGGAUGGGCUCUGGAAUAGGAACGGAUUUCAUGAGCGGCGAUCUUCUCGUGCGGACCCUGAUCCCACUGGUUCUCCGAGAGGUGUAAUGGUGCAGAUCUGUUGUGAUUCCUACAAUGACAACUCGACUACGGAGAUGAUUGAAGGGUUCGAGGCCGGAUGCUGCGUCAUCUUCGGCUGA